AUGUCUUCUCACAUAUGCGUUGUCGGCUCAUUGAACGUCGACUUUACAGUCUCUACGCAUCGGUGUCCCGGCCCUGGAGAAACAAUAACGGCCAGAUGCCUCUCGGUGAGCCCUGGUGGAAAAGGUGCGAAUCAAGCCGUCGCUUGUGGUCGAGCGUUGUUCGCUUCUCCUUCUUCUUUGCAGAGUCAACAAGAUGUCACCGUAAGCAUGAUUGGAGCCGUAGGCUCUAUGGAUGGACAUUAUCCAAACCUAAUCCAGCCUAUGUUGGAGAAAUCCGGUGUGGACACGACGGAUGUUGACGAGCGGAUUGAGAGCCAAACCGGAUCCGCGACAAUUAUUGUCGAAGAUGCGGCUCAUGGUGAAAACAGGAUACUGGUGGUUCCUGGUGCAAACCAUGAAGGAAUGAGGAAUGUCCAGAGGAUCAUUACUACUAUCCGAGACAGACAACAGCAACGGCAACUCGAUGCCCCGAACGUAAUCAUCUUGCAGGGAGAGAUUCCAAGAGAGACCGUGUUGCGACUCUUAGAACAUUUUAAUAAUAAUAAAGAGUGCUCGACGCAUAUUGUUUUCAACCCCGCGCCCGUAUUUCCAGAAGGUGUCCCUCUCAGCGCUCUAGCACGCACCAGCGUUCUCGUCAUGAACGAGACUGAAGCCGCGCAAAUGGAGAGGUCAAUUCUCGGAGACAGGUCUUCCGCCACUAAUCUGACAUUAGAAAAGGAUGAAUUCAUGUUGGAAGAAUUAGCGAAAGGCUUCCACGAGGUUGCUGGGGUCCGGAUUGUCCUCAUCACACUUGGGGCUAGAGGGGUAUAUUUCUCGACUAGCACCGGUCGAAAGGGGAUCGUGAAAGGUGUACCAGUGCAGAAUGUAGUAGACACCACAGCAGCCGGAGAUACCUUCGUCGGUUAUUUUGCCGUCACUUUCGCUCGGUUUCUCGGAACAUCCUCAGCAAAAUUGGAGGAUUUUGAUAUGAUAAUCGAGCAGGCGGUGCGAGAGGCGAAUUCUGCGUCAGCAGUUUGUGUACAGCGACAAGGUGCAAUGCAAAGCAUUCCCUUCGCGUAUGAGAUCAAAAGUGAAUAG